AUGGAGAAAGAAUUCAUCGCGCACAAAGAACAUGCUAAAAAUAAAAAUCUAGAUCAAGACUCAUCUUUGAUUGAUUCGUUCAGUGAGCCUGAAUCUACAGAGCCUUUGAUCAAAUCGCCUGAAGAAGUCAAGUUUGUCAAAAAGCUCAAUUGGACGGUAUUGCCCAUCAUUUUUCUCAUCGUAUUCAUCCAAUUUUGUGAUAAAUCCGCUCUCAGUGUUGCUGCUGUCUUGGGUAUCAUGGAGGAUGCUAAUCUCAGUGGCGAUCAAUUCAGUUGGUUGGGCUCCAUUUUCUAUCUUGGCUAUUUCGUUGUUCAGUUUCCCAAUAAUUACUUGAUUCAACGACUACCUAUUAGUAAAUAUCUCGGCACUAUCCUCAUUAUUGGCGGUUGCGUGAUGGGUGCUACUGCUGCUUGUAGCACGUUUGCUCAAUUGCUUGGGCUGCGAUUUUUGCUUGGUUUCUUUGAGGGCGUAACGUAUCCCUGUAUCUACAUCUUGUUAAAUACACUUUACCGACGCUCGGAGCAAGCUUAUACCUGGGGUUUCCUCAACUGCGCUAACGGAAUGGGCACUGUAUUUGGUGUCUUGAUUUCAUAUGGUCUUGCUCAUAUGGACGGCAUUCUUUUUCGCGCAUGGAGAUGGGGUUACAUUGUAUUUGGUGCUGCCACUGUUCUCAUAGGCAUCAUUACCUUCCUCUUCUUGGUGGAUGAUGUUGAUAGCAAGAUCUUGCGACUCACUGAUAAAGAAAAAGAUAUCGUUCAAGAAAGGUCUCGAGACAAUUGCGUUGUCCGUAACAAAAAGAUCAAGAAGGAACAUAUGAUUGAAGCGCUAAAAGAGCCUCGUUUAUACCUCAUCUUUAUCGCGCAAUUGUGUAAUUGUCUCCAAAAUGGUGGUUUGAUUACGUUUAGUACUUUGCUCAUUGAGGGCCUUGGUUUCUCUUCCUUCACUGCCAUUAUCCUUCAAAUUCCCAACGGUGUCACUGCUUGCCUGUUUGCCAUGGGUGCUGUUUUACUUGCUUCCAAAUACCAGAGAAUCGCAUUCACUGGUAUUUUGAUGAGCAGUAUUUCUCUUGUGGGCUGUAUUCUCAUGGCCACUAUUCCCAACUCACCCAAACUUGUUGGCUUUUAUCUUAGUUGGGCCAUGGCAGGCGUUGCCGCCAUCUUACAAACAUUGAUCUCCAACAACGUGUCAGGAUACACUAAAAAGGUCUUUUAUAACGGUGUCAAUAUGCUGGCCAUGACGAUUGGUAACUUCGUAGGCCCUCUCAUGAUGACAGCAGAAACCGCACCAAGCUACUGGGGAGCAAUGAUAGGCUUCUGUGUAUCCAAUGUGUGCAUCAUUGCCUGUAUUUACACCAUGUACAUUAUCAUGUCAAGAGAAAACAGACGUCGUCUGGCUGAUCCUCCCUCUGAAAAGUAUGAUGUUCAGUUGGAUUUAACUGACAAGCAAGACAGAAACAUCAUUUAUAAAUUGUAA